AUGACAGUGCCGUCGUGGGUUCGGGUCAUGCGACUCCCGUUCCAGAAGCUGACGCCAUCGCAGCGUGAGCUCUGCGUCCAGCUGGAACGAGUGAGAGUUGCGGUGGAAUCUCGAGUUGAACCAGCUCCCGCCGUUCGAAGCUGGUUUUCGCGUUUCAAACCGGAGGCGCCGCAGCCUGCAGUGCGGGGAAUGUACAUAUAUGGCGGCGUCGGUCAGGGGAAGACGAUGCUGAUGGACGCCUUCUAUGAUCAAGUGUCGCUGCCCAAAAUGCGUAUGCAUUUCCACGACUUUAUGAUCCGUGUGCAACGUGAAAUGCAUCUGCACAAGAGUGAUACCGGGGGCACCGUUAUGGGUACGGUUGCCCGGAAUGUUCUGGGGGGUGUUCGCCUGUUGUGCAUGGAUGAGUUUUUCGUGAAUCACAUCUCCGACGCCAUGGUGCUAAAGCCUCUUUUCGAAAACAUUUUCCAAAUGGGCGUAGUUGUAAUAUGCACUUCAAACCGACCUCCUGAAGACCUUUACCAGGGAGGCCUAAAUCGUGAACGCUUCCUCCCCUUCAUCCCUCUGUUGAAGAGCUACUGUGACGUGUUCAACCUGCAGGCACACGACUUUCGACAAGAGCACAACUUCUCAGAUUCGUCUGAACGUGUUCAACGGGUCUACUACUUUGAUCCCAAAGACGACGGGAACGCGCUCACGAAUGAUUUCAGGGGGGGUGGCGAGGCGGCAAGCAUUGUCGAAAAUGAAGUGAUGAAGGUCUCGGAACUGCGAUCCAUCACGGUGCCACUAUCAAAGGGCGGAGAGGCAUUUUUCCGCUUUUCCAAUUUGUGCGGUUCCUCAACCACCGCUGCCAGCAACAAUGAUAAGGUGGAAGUGUCGUUGGGUACCGAAGGAUUUAUUGCACUGGCUGAACGUUUUCACACCAUUUGGAUAUCGCAAGUGCCUCAGUUCGAUGCUUCAAAUCAUAUGGACGGGCGUCUGCGCAGUUUUAUGUUGUUGAUUGACGUUUUGUAUGAGAGGAACACCAAGUUAUUGAUUGCCUCUAAGGUGCCACUACUGCAGUUGUUUGGAAUGACAGGUAUAGUGAAGGUCGCUGAGGAUUUCCAAAACCGGCUGUACACGCGCUAUGUGUCAGUUGACAAGCUUUGCAGUGAAUUUCCAGCUAAUCUAUCAAAAGCAGAAUUCAUAAAACUUGGUGGUAGUUUAGGCUUGCCGAGUAGCCGUACGAAUCUCUUCUUCAACGCGAUCCUUGCCCCAGGCGAGGACUCGGUUUCGGCAAGGCGUGUAUGGGACAUUUGCGAGAAUCAUCGCCUCCUGUUACAGGGAAAUCCGCCAGCUACUCCCCAUUUGUAUCGGUUUGAUAUAAGGGAUGAGAGCGUGAUGGAGAACGAGUUUGUUUGUUCACGAGCUCUAAGCAGACUCUUCCACAUGUGUUCCGGCAACUACCUGCAGCAGCACCAUAAGCGCUUCGGCGAUCAGUGA